GAGCCUUACUUUUCGUCUUUCAUAGUACAAAGAAAGAUUUUGGGGGCAUCAAAGGAAAAAAAAGAAAAGAAAGGUGACCAGGCUUUUUUGAGGUGAGGACUUUGGCACAGGGUCUCGGGAGUGAUGGCGGCGUCUGCACCCUCCUCCUCUGGCGGCGAACCGGAUCCCAACUCGACAAAUUUACGACCGCCGGGCUCAAGCUAUGACGCUUGGUGUGGAGUUGCUCACGGAUGUACUAGAAAAUUGGGAAUGAAAAUAUGUGGAUUUUUGCAGAAGAACAACAGUCUGGAGGAGAAGAGCAGGAUCGUGAGUUCCUUCAAGGAGCGCGCAGCCAAGAACCUGCUGUCCUGCGAGAAUAUCGGUGGAGAUGCGCGCUUCAGGCGCACGGAGACCGACUUCUCCAAUCUGUUCGCCAGAGAUCUGUUGCCUGCGAAAAAUGGAGAGGAACAGACCAUGCAGUUCUUGCUGGAGGUUGUGGAAAUCCUCACCAACUACAUCCGGAAGACCUUUGACAGGUCCACCAAGGUCCUGGACUUCCACCACCCUCACCAGCUGCUGGAGGGCAUGGAGGGCUUCAACCUGGAGCUCUCUGACCAGCCCGAGUCUCUGGAGCAGAUACUGGUGGACUGCAGGGACACCCUGAAAUAUGGAGUGAGAACAGGUCACCCCAGGUUCUUCAACCAGCUGUCCACUGGAUUAGACAUUGUUGGUUUGGCAGGAGAGUGGCUUACCUCUACAGCCAACACCAACAUGUUUACCUAUGAGAUUGCUCCUGUCUUUGUGCUCAUGGAGCAGCUGACGCUGAAAAAGAUGAGGGAGAUCAUUGGCUGGCCUGAUGGAGAGGGUGAUGGAAUAUUUUCUCCAGGAGGAGCAAUCUCCAACAUGUACAGUGUGAUGAUUGCCAGAUACAAGUUCUUCCCUGAAGUGAAGACCAAAGGCAUGGCAGCUGCUCCCAGACUGAUCCUCUUCACCUCAGAGCAUAGCCACUACUCCAUCAAGAAAGCCAGUGCAGCUCUGGGCUUUGGGACGGACAACCUGAUACUUUUGAACACUGAUGAGAGAGGGAGAGUCAUCCCUGCUGAUUUGGAAGCCAAAGUUAUAGAGGCCAAGCAAAAGGGCUAUGUUCCGAUGUUUGUGAAUGCCACCGCUGGUACAACCGUUUACGGAGCCUUUGAUCCCAUCAAUGAAAUUGCAGACAUCUGUGAAAAGUACAACAUGUGGCUUCACGUGGAUGGUGCAUGGGGUGGAGGCCUGCUAAUGUCCAGGAAACACAGGCACAAGCUGAGUGGAGUAGAGAGGGCCAACUCAGUCACCUGGAACCCCCAUAAAAUGAUGGGAGUGCCGCUGCAGUGCUCUGCCAUUCUGGUCAGAGAGAGGGGAUUAUUGCAAGGCUGCAACUCCAUGUGUGCUGGUUACCUCUUCCAGCCAGAUAAACAGUAUGAUGUUACAUACGACACUGGUGACAAGGCCAUUCAGUGUGGACGCCAUGUUGAUAUCUUCAAGUUCUGGCUCAUGUGGAAGGCAAAGGGAACCGUAGGAUUCGAACAGCAUAUUGACAAGUGCCUGGAUCUGUCUGCGUACCUUUACAAUAAAAUAAAAAACAGGGAGGGCUUUGAGAUGGUGUUCGACACAGAGCCGCAGCACACUAAUGUGUGUUUCUGGUAUUUUCCACCGAGCCUGCGUGGCUUGCCUGACGGUGAAGAGCGGAGGAAGAGGUUGAACAAGGUGGCCCCAAAGAUCAAGGCAAUGAUGAUGGAGUCUGGGACCACAAUGGUGAGCUACCAGCCACAAGGCGAUAAGGUCAACUUCUUCCGCAUGGUCAUCUCCAACCCCGCUGCUACCAGGUCAGACAUCGACUUCCUGAUCGAGGAGAUUGAGCGACUGGGGAAUGACUUGUAAGAGUCACAGAUAAACCCUUUGUUAUCCCCAAACAUCAGACUUUUCCAACUCUGGAGAGCCUUGAGCUUGGCUUCAUGUCCCUUUUGUCUCAUAAAGACGUCAAAAUGUUUUGCUUACAGGUCCUCUUUGGCAAUGCACAACAUGUAAUAUGCCAUGUGUGUCUCUUCUCUGUCUCUUCUGUCUUUAGCGGUGGCGACAUAUAUUCAAAACACUUGCACAUAAGGCUGUGCUAUCUGAGUAAAAAAGGACAUAAGUCAAAACUUGCAAGAAUCUCAAAAGCACACGGGUGUUCUUGCAAAAGAGCAUGUUAAAUGGAACUUAAUCUGAGUGAGAUUAAAACUGGUUGUAAGAAUAUCUGGGUACUUCAGUGAUUCUUCAGCCGUUAUAAAAUAAAGCAUUUCACUGUACAAUAUGAAGAUCAGUACUGAAAACAGAAAGAGGUCAAAAUAUUUUUUCACAAUUAUCAGAGCACAAUGUAGGGACCCUUACUGCAUUGACAUAAACAGUAUUAAUGUAAAAUAUAUACAUAUAAAUAUAUAUAUACAUAUAUAUAUAUAUAUCUAUGAUGUACUGACUGUUGGUGCUCCAUGUCGUCUAUGUAAUUAUCAAGCCAGAUGCACCGCCAUAUUGUUCCCUAGCUGUUAUUUCCUUUUGAUAUACGUAAGUGGAAAUAUAUAACACAGUCAUUGUAACAAGUACUGUACUUGAUUGCUGUGUUUUUAGAGAUUUUUGUGUAGAUUGUGUAUAGUAUUGUCACAUUGCCUUUGUGCCAAAUGUGUCCUAGUUUUACAGUGAGAAGACCUUAUAUGUAAAUCAACCAUAACAGUAUAUUAUGUAAUAGAUGAAUCGCUUUAUUUAUAUCCAGAGAUUAUAAUUGUGAAUAGGUUAUCUGCUGUUCUGUUCCAUUUGUAAUGUUUCCUCAUUCUGUUGGGAACUCUGCCGUAUAAUAUCACAAUGUUUUGAAUAACACUGAAGUCUUUAGCGCAUUUGUGAACCAAAGAAGGGUUGAGUUACAUUUAUGAACAUGUAUACGGCCCUUAUUCUCCCAUUGGAUUAGGUUCUGAUGUUUAUGUAAGAAUACUUAACUCACCGCCAUUAACUUUAGUGCAAUCUAUGUUGUGUAACUGUGCAAUGUCAUUGUGAUUCACUGACUGAAUGUUGUAGAGACACUUGGCUAUAUGUGGGAGGCAUGACUGGCAGUGCGGCUGCUGCUGCUGCCGGAGCUUUGUUAGUGAUAAAAAGCACAAUGCUAAACCAUGUUCAUGGGGCAGCUUUUAUUCUGUGGACAUAUGAUUGUAUUAUUACUGUGUUAAGUGGAGUAAAACUAUAAUAUGCAAAAUUCUGUUUGUCUUAACAUGCUCACAUGCUCACUGGCACAUGUUUAUGUUGAGAAAACCAACGUAAGGAACCGGGAUUAUUUAUCAUGAAGACUUUUGCUUGAACAAUGAAAUGCACAGUGUUUGCUACUGUCAUAAGAUUUAUUGAAACAAUUGUACAUUCCUGAAUUAGUGGGAUGAAGUAUCCCUUGUUAAAUUCAAUGUAGGCACUUUAAAUUAAUGCCAUCAUUUUGCUGAGUAUUACUGUUGUAUCCACAGCACUAAUAAAGACAUGAGCUGUAGAACA